AUGGUGGAUUACCGCCGCAUGGGAAUUAUGGAGCAGCACUACUCGCGGAAUGCAACAUCAACAACAUCCUUCCUGCAUCAGCUGAGAGGUCUGUGGAAGAGCCCAAGGGGGACGGUACUUCGUGUAGAGGCUUUGGCACUGGCGGCUAUUGCCUUCUCUUUCUUGCUUGUUGCAUUGGGAGCCUGCCGCCGUUGGUCUAAGCGCUGGAUCAUCCAAAAAGGCUUCUUGGCUGCAAAUGUGUUAUCUAUAUCCCUUGGGACAUACAGUAUUGGUCUAAUGCAAUCCUCUUCGGUGAAGAGCGAGAUGUAUCCCGUAUGGGCCGUGUCCUUGCUCACCCUCUUCGGCUGCGUCGACCCAGUUACUUCCUACAACGGUCUUGACUACAAGGGCCCACUCUCAAAGAUGAUAUUUCAGCUCUGCCUAUAUUGUGGAUAUGUCCUGCUGAUGAGUAUCUCAACCAUCUCCAGUGAUGUUGGUAACAUAGCCAUCGGUGUGCUGUCUGCUGUCAACUUUUUCAAGGGCUUUCAUAGGUCGUUGGCGCUUGUGCUGCCAAGAAGAAUGCGAAAAAUGAUAAGGCACCUUAAAUCUGAUGCCGAAACAAAUGCUAUAUCAGAUCUUGAUGAUUAUGACUAUGCAAUAGUAUCAGACUUGGUAGUUGAUUUCCCCCUAGACAUGGAUGACCCAAAGCAGAGCUUUUAUUCAAUAUUAGUGCGUGAUGGAGUUUUGAGGAAUAAUAUCAGUUCGAGCUGCGAAGACAUGGUUAAGCUACGGAUAAAUGUCGGUGACUGUCAUGAUGUGUGCACUGCCUUCGCUCUGUCUCAUUUGUUGCAACGGCAUUUCAUUGGAUUGAGUGACGCUUCGGAAAGGAAGAACGAUAUUUCAUAUCAGAUUGCUUCAGACUUCAAUCGAGCCUUUAAGGUGAUUGAGGUUGAGCUGGCUUUUCUAUACGAUAUCUUCUUCACAGGUAAUGCAUUCCUUCACUACUAUCAAGCAAAGACUGCUAGUUUCUGGGCAUUCGCUUCAUUCAUCGGAAUAUGUUUUGUUGGGGUGGCGGCUGCCAUCCCUGGGACGAUGACUAGCCGCCAUAGUGCUUCUCUUGGUCCUGGUGCUGGCACCAUCACGACAGCAGAUCUCACCGUUACUCUUGUCAUAUUGGUGUCCCUGGCUCUGCUGCAAUUGUUGCAACUAAUCCGGUGCUGGACAUCAAAUUGGGCGAGAGUUGCAUUUGCCUGUGGGCACGCCAGGAACAUGCAGAAAGGAACCAGACAGCCGCUAUGGUGGAUGAGAUUGAAAGGGUUUCUAGUCACCAGGAUUAAUUGGUUUGACAAAUACCUGUGGCAAGAUGAGCUCGGCCAGCAUUCAGUAAUUGAAGCGAGCAGCAGGAAAGAAGGCAAGCUGUUAUUCAGCCGGAGUGGCCGUCUUUAUGUGAAGUGUGCUCGCUUUCUUCGGAUGGUUGGAUUGCAGUACGUUGGAGAGGUGGUCUGGGAACUGGUGGGCAGCGACAGUAGCACAGGGCCUGCUGUUAGGUUGCACCCCGAUGUGAAGGGCUCCAUUGCCGAGCUCCUUGGUCGGGUUCAUAAUGAUACAAUAGGGGAGAGUUGGUCGUCCUUGUUUGUUGCUAAUGGAGUAGAUGAAUGGCACCUUCCCCAUUGGCAUUUCGACAAUCCUGCAGGUGCAGAACAGCUCUCAUAUUGCUGUUUGUACACACGUUCUGUUAUGAUGUGGCAUGUUGCGACAUGCUACUGCGAACUAGCAGAGCAGGCGAAGCAGAAGGAGCACACAGGAGCAGAAGAAAAGAGUCGGCGCGUGGCCCUGGCUCUGUCCAAGUAUUGCGCCCACUUGCUGGUGUCAGCGCCAGAGUUGCUACCUGGCACGCUUCAGAAAAGGAAAGAAACGUAUGAUGGUGUUGAGUCGGAAGCAAGGAAAGUUCUUCAAGGGGCCAAAGACAAGCUUGAGGCAAUGCAAAGCGAACCCCAUAUCGAUCUCGACAGCCCUAGCAGCAUCUUCUGGGACGGUGUGCGUCUUGCAAAGCAACUUUUUUGUGGGGACAUUGGGGAUCCCUGGAAGCUGCUGGAAGUUUUCUGGGUCCAGGCGUUGCUCUACGCCGCGCCGUAUGGCGACGUGGAGGUGCAUAUGCAGCAUCUCUCGCAGGGUGGCGAGCUCAUCACCCAUCUCUGGGCAUUGUUGUACCACGCCCACAUCUACGGCUGGAAAACUGUAGAGAGAUGGGGAGGGAAGCCGAUGAAGUUGGAGACCGAGGAGGUAGAAGAGAAUCCCAAGGAUGGUGGACAGUUCAAGGGUGACCUUAACACCUGUUCAAAAGCAGAUGAUAAUCCGAGGGGUUCAAUUCCUCUUCAAAGUGCCACCGGCAUAGAAGAGAACUCCAUGGACAUGGAUUCCGAGGUUGAGAUCGAGGAUGACAUCAGUUCCUGUUCAAAAGAUGAUAAUCCGAAUAGGAUUUCAGUUCCUGUGCAAGCUGACAUCCGAUGGAUGUAG